AUGAGGCACAAUCGUAACUCACAAGGCGCCGAUUCGCCUCUGCGCAGCCGAAGUGUAGCUGCAGGAGAUGAAACUCCCGCUGCACCAAAGACAGUGUCUUGGGAGGUGGAUGAAGGGAAUAAAGACAUCGAAGGCAACAAAGACUCCACAACGCCCAAAGAGAGGCAGGGCAGCUUUCUCGGCAAGCUGAAGGCUCUGACAAGCCCCUCUUCGCAGCAAAGCCGUGCUCCACCAGCUGCCACAACAUCCUCCGCCCUGUCCGAGCAGGAUGAACCUUCACACCCGCUCGAGCCGAGCGAGGAUGUCGCAGCAUUCGCGGACGAAGACUCCGACGAAUUGGCCGACGAACUACCCCCACCAUCGAGAAAGCAGAGAAACCAAAGACCGCGACCCAAUACCGCCGAGUCAGCGCCGUCUACUCCGCGCAUGGCACGGCUGGAGCAGCGCUUCGCAUCCUUCAUGCGUGAUCAAUCCGGCACCAAUGACAAUAAGGCGAGUCCUUCCCGACCGACUGGACGACUGAGCAGGCGAAGCACUGCAUCCGACUCCAACGACAACGCCCAAGCCGGCGUUUCCGAGGACGAAGGUCGCGAUCGCAUAAGGAAUGCAUGGCGGAGGGGCAUCGAAGGCGCACGCGGGCUCAGUUAUUAUUCGCGCGGCAGGGCGGAUAAUGAGAGCCCAGACGCGAGGCGCCCAGGUCACCUGCGCCGAAUCACCGGCCUAGGCGGAGCCGUGGAUGGCGCUGCUAGUGGAUCGGCAUUCGGAACGCGCGACAAGCCAGAGCGGUCAACCACUACGAGCGCACAGAAAUGGCGCCAGGUGAAGGCGGGACUGAAGCUGCUGGGUCAGCGGAGACGAGACGAACGCACGCGUGUCGAUCAUCAGAAGAGCGCUCAAUUGAUGGCCGAGCUGUUGGCCGGCUCGCCCGCUGCGUUGUUCCUGGCAAGCAUGUUCCAACGCGACGAAAACAACCACAAAAAGAUCCCAGUCCUCUUGGAACAAAUCAAGAUCCGCAUAUCUGAUUCCCAGAUACGAAAGGAGAGCAACGGUGAUCGGCAUCUCGUGUUCCAUAUCGACUUGGAGUACGGCAAUGGACCGGCGCGCAUGAAAUGGAGCAUCUCGCGGUCAUUGAAAGACUUUGUCAACCUGCAUGCUCGCUAUCAGGCAUCUGCGACCGCCGAUAAAGUGCGACAUUUACGCAGCGAGCACAGGACCAAGGCUAGGCAGCCGCGCUUUCCUAGGAGCGCCUUUCCGUAUGCAAGAGGGAUCAGAGGGUUGUUUGAAAACUUGCAAGAAGAAGAGGAGGAUGACGAGGCGCUCACAAACACAGCUGCGGCCGCGCUCGACAUGCCGCUCGCCAGUCCGAUGACGCCAGGCCAGGGCUCGACACCAUUAGUCCCCGGUGGCGCAUUCCAACCGACAACGCCUGGUUUCCAUGAUUCCACCGACGAAGCUUCGCCGAGACAUCGACGUAGGAGGUCUGGUGUCCUCUCGCCGAGGCCCAUUCGAAGAUCGAGCACUGCAGAUUUCGGACCACUUCCCACCGACCCUGAGCAACUGACUGACCGCCAGAGAGAGUUGUAUUCACGACGGCAGCGGCGGAAACUCGAGACCUACUUGCAGCAAAUGAUCCGAUGGCUGAUCUUUCGACCGGAUAGCACUCGAUUGUGCCAGUUCUUGGAAAUCAGCGCCCUGGCCAUCCGGCUCAGCGUCGAGGGGGGCUAUCAAGGCAAGCAAGGCCUGUUACAGAUUGCGAGUCGCCGGAACAAAGAACUUAGGAGGGUCGAGCCGUUUGCGACUUUCGAGAGACAUCAUCCGAGGUGGUUCUUGGUACGGCACAGCUAUGUUGUCUGCGUGGACGGUCCCGAGAGCUUGAAUCCAUACGAUGUGUUCCUGGUGGACUCAGACUUUACCACCGAAAAGAGGCAGAAGCGUAUAGCCGAUCGGUCGACGACGAACGGCGACAGUUCCAAGGCCGUCGAUAUGCCCAAAAGCCAUGGCAAACAUUUGCUAAUCCGACUCUACAAUGCCGAAAGGAAGCUGAAGCUAUUCGCAAGGAACGAGCGGCUGUUCUUGCAGUUUCAAGAGAGCAUCAAGCACAUGGCUGAGGAGACUAUCUGGAGUAAAAAGCAGCGCUUUGGCUCCUUCGCCCCGGUGAGGAACAACGUGUGGUGCAGAUGGCUUGUGGACGGACGAGACCACACCUGGCAGAUCUCACGCGCGAUCGAGAAUGCAAAGGACUUUGUGUAUAUCCACGGCUGGUGGGUGAGCCCCGAGUUGUACAUGCGUCGGCCAGCCGCGAUCAGCCAGAAGUGGAGACUUGAUCGCCUGUUGCAGCGAAAGGCAGCCGAGGGCGUCAAGAUCUUUGUCAUCGUGUAUCGCAACAUCGAGUCGGCCAUGCCCAUCGACAGUGAGUACACGAAAUGGGCCUUGCUUGACCUCCACCCCAACAUAUGCAUCCAGCGCUCGCCGAACCAAUUUCGACAGAACCAAUUCUUCUGGGCGCAUCACGAAAAGAUGGUCAUUGUGGACAACAUGAUGGCCUUCAUCGGGGGUAUCGACUUGUGUUUUGGACGCUGGGAUGAACCGAACCAUACGCUCACCGACGACAAGCUGACCGGAUUCGAGCUGGAUCACGUUGGACCCAGGGAUAGCGAGCAUUGCCAGGUGUGGCCCGGAAAAGACUACUCGAAUCCUCGAGUGCAAGACUUCAUCGCCCUCGAUCGUCCGUACGAAGAGAUGUACGAUCGGACGAAGGUGCCUCGGAUGCCGUGGCACGAUAUCUCCAUGCAAGUUGUUGGCCAACCUGCUAGAGACGCAGCGCGCCAUUUCGUGCAGCGCUGGAACUACAUUCUCCGCUCCAGAAUACCGAGCAGGCCUACGCCUGUGUUAUUGCCACCACCUGAAUUCGACCACGAGGAGCUCGCGAACCUGGGCAUGACAGGCACGUGCCAGGUGCAGGUCCUGCGCUCCUGCGGAUCCUGGAGCAUAGGCACACCUAACAAGACCGAGCACAGCAUCAUGAAUGCGUACGUCCACCUCAUUGAGAACAGCGAUCACUUUGUGUACAUCGAGAACCAGUUCUUCAUCACGUCUUGCACCGUGGAAGGCACGCCAAUCCUCAACAAGAUCGGCGAUGCCCUGGUCAACCGCAUCAUCCGUGCGUACGACAACGACGAGCAAUGGCAGGCUUGCAUCCUCAUCCCCUUGAUGCCGGGCUUCCAGAACAGCGUGGAUUCGCAGGACGGCACAUCGAUCAGGCUGAUCAUGCAGUGUCAGUUCCGAUCCAUCUGUCGUGGCGAGGCAUCGAUCUUCGGACGUUUGCGAGCUAGAGGUAUCGAUCCAGAAGACUACAUUCGAUUCUACGCGCUCCGCCAAUGGGGCAAGAUCGGGCCUCGGAAAUGCCUCACUACUGAGAUGCUAUACAUCCAUGCGAAAUGCAUGAUCGUUGACGAUCGUACCGUCAUCAUUGGCUCUGCGAACAUCAACGAGAGAUCCAUGCUUGGCAACAGAGACUCGGAGGUGGCCACCAUUGUUACAGACACCCGCAUGAUCCCAUCCUACAUGGCAGGCGAGCCAUAUGAGGUCGGUGAGUAUGCCCAUACGCUGAGGAAGCGUCUGAUGAGAGAGCAUCUCGGCAUCGAUGUCGAUGCUUGCUAUCGCGCCGAACAGUCUGCCCGAGACCAAGAGGAGCAGGAGGCGGAGGUGGACAGACUACACCGACAGGAGGGCCUUGAACAAGAGGAUUACUUCUCGCCUCUCAAGACGGCGACGCUCCAGCACCCUGCCGUGUCGCGGCUGACUGACAAUCUAAAUCCAACGAGCAGCGUCAACAGUGGAGUAUCCAGCGUGACGAGAAAUAGAUCAACCUCGAGUGUUGAUCAAACUGGACCACUCGACAAGAAGGAUCGUAAAGGCACUUUGGUGGAGUUUCAGCACGACCUUGACGUUGACGGGUAUGGGCAGGACAACAUGAAGGCCAUCUACGAAACCACUGAUCCCCAACUGCUCGACUCUUAUGUGAAUGCACGGGGGCAAGAAGUGAUGCUGAAGAAGGAGUCGCCGGAACUGCAUCGUGGAGAGAGCGCCACGGGUUCUGAAACGAUCACAACUCACGGUAACGACGGCGCAGAAGAUGAUCCUGCCGUGCAGCCACCGUAUCCAACCGAACGCCUGGACACAGACAAACUGGGCCUGUCGCCUCGCUCGCAGCUGCCGCAAUUACCGCCCUUGGACGACACGGACAUAGGCGGCCCGGGGCUUUCGCGUGGAAACUCCAUGCCAGAUCACGUCCUAUCACCCCUUGCACACACGCUGAAGCGCCCCAAAGUCACCGAAGACUGCAUGACCGACCCGGUCGUCGACAGCUUCUACCGCGACAUCUGGCACCAAGUGGCGGAGAACAACACGCGCCUCUACCGCCAGGUCUUCCGCUGCAUGCCCGACUCGGACGUGAUCGACUGGAAAAUGUACGAAAAGUACAACGAGUACAACGAGCGCUUCAUGCAGGCGCAAGGGCUUGGCACGAGCAAGCCGCGGCCUUCGAAGGACGCGCCCGAUAAGUCCGGUCCGCCCGGCUCGAAUGGCGCCGAGAUCGUCCCCGUUACAAGCAUGGCGGAAGCGGCUGCCGUGGGACGUGUGCGAUCGAAGAGCGUCUUGACCGGAUUCGUGGACAAGCUUCGGCCGGGCAGCAAGGCGAGCGCGGACGACGCUCGACAGCAAGCCGCGAAUGAAAAGGACGAGGCGGCCAAAGCGCUUCGCAACGCUGCCGCUCCUACGCCUGACUCCCCCAACUCGGAAAUCUCCAGCGGGCCGACCGCCGUGCCGUCUCCGAUGAACGAGCAGCCGCCGCUAGACGAGGAGAAGGAAGCGCAAAAGCAGACGGACGACCACCAGGCGCAACAGGUGCAGUCGAAAGACCACUCACCGCAGCAGCAAGCGCGCAGUAAGGUCAAUCGUGCACCGGAAACCACGGCGACGCAGUCGAUGCCCACUAGCACGACGCCUGUCCCUGGCGUGCAGAAGUCGAACAGCCAGAAGCAACGGAAACGUCGGGGCACGACUGCGAAGAGUAGUGCGCGCUCCGUGCCGGAGGAGGUGCUCGACAAGGACGAAGCGGAGGGGCUGUUGAAGCUGGUGCAGGGGCAUUUGGUUACCUGGCCUUACAACUGGCUUGAGAAGGAGGAGCGCAACGGGAACUGGCUGUAUAACAUUGAUCAGCUGGCGCCGUUGGAAAUCUACGACUAA